AUGCAUAAUUCAAAACAUGAAAGUUAUAUUAAUGAAGAACUUUUAUUGAAAAAUGAAGAUAAUUGUGAACAAUUAAAAAAUAAAGCAAAUAAUCCAAAUGAUAACGGAAAUAAUAGUAACAAUGUAACAAAAUGUGAUAAUAUGGAAGAAAAAGGGAAUUAUAAUUUUGUUGAUAAUACAAAAAAUCUUGAAAAAACUAACAUUCCACUGAGUAGGGGCUUAAAUGAAAAUUCACAAAUAAACCAACUUCAUACUAAUAAACCAAAGAAAAGAAAAAAAAGGACAAAAAAAUGUAAUGAUAAUAAAGAAUUGCUGAAACCUUCAAAUCAAAUGGUUAGGAUAAAUUAUUUAUUACAAGCAUCAUUCCUAAUGAAUAAAUUUAGUCCUAAUUUAUCAAGAAAAUAUAUUAAAACUAUGAGAAGACUUUCCAAUAAAUUUUUAAUAAAAUAUGAUAAAAAUUUUAAAAAACUAUUUUGUAAAAAAUGUAAUUCAGUUUUUAUUCCCAAUGUUACUUGCAAUAUAUUUGUUAAUCCACUGAAUAUACAAAAAAAAAAUAAAAAUCAUAUUGUUAAAAAUUCUAUAAGUACAAAUGAAAGUGUAAAGGAGCGAGACGAAUGCUUAGUUUCAUAUCAGUGUAAUCAUUGCCAACACAUCACAAAAUUUGUUUAUGAAAAUAAUCUACCAAUUCCUAUUGAAAAUGAGAACAUUACCACAGUAUAA